CCGCGAUGGAUACGAGCCGGACCGGCGCUGACGACGGAUGAAGAUCUGGAUGGGUCCGGGAGGGAAUGAUGAUGGUGGCGAAAGUCUCGUAUGGGAGCGAGCGAGAGAAAGCCAAGAUCCAGGUGCAAUAGGAAAACCAGCCUCGAGAAGGAGACGGGAUCGAUAGCUCCAAACGGGGACUGACGGGGGAUGGAAAGAGGCCACAGGGAGAGGUCGAAGGAUGAGGGAUUCAGGGCGAGUGGGAAGAGAACGUCCGAAACGGAGGAAAAGAGUGGAACGAUGAAGAGGUCGGAGGUUAAAGUGGGACACGGCGACAAGACAUUCGACAGGACAAGAGAUGAUGCUAAGCAGAUGGACCUGGAGACCCUGUCAAGCCGACUCGUCUGGUAACAUCCACCAUGCAAGCCGGAUCUGACGAUUAAUUGGCUCGCGUCCCCGUUCUUCACGGGCCCUUGGUCUUUGCGCAAUCAAGAUGGUCUAGCCUGCCGGUCACCGAAUUAAUGAAAUUUCGAUUAACGACGGGCUGGAAUGGAGACGUUCCGCAGAUGCCAAUGAAUCGGGAGGGAGGAUUCAAUAAUCAUGAGAAUCGUCAUAGGCAGCAUCAUCUUCC